AUGGGAUGGUGGGUUGCUGGGAGCAUUAGUGGGGAGGGUGGCCGUGUGCAAACACGAUCAGAUUUCAUCGAAUUAGUAUGUGAUCUUGGUCACCUGAAGAUCGUAUGCGCACGCACCAUCAGAAAUCGCGUGAUAAGGAGUCUUGAGGAGCCAGAAAGCUCCUAG